CACGUGAUCAACACUCACUCGGCUGCUGCUAGCUUAACUUGCUUCUUUUUGGAGUCUGCUCGUCUUCAAGGAAAACAGCUCGAAAGACUGAUAAUAUGCUUUUGUGUUAAUAAUGAAAUGCAGGCAGCUACGAUGGAUCCAGCGGAAGAGCCCCCGUCGAUGUUGUGGGGACUGGACCCGAUCUUUUGUGCCUUCGCCAAGUUGUAUGUCAGAGAUAUACUGCAGAUGACAGAGUCCACACAGGUGCCAGGUAUUUACUUCUACAACUCUCACCCAAUCUACAAAGUUGAUGUACUGGGUACAGUAGUUUGCAAGAGAGAAAGAGAAGACUUCUUCUGUUAUGGAGUGGACGAUGGUACUGGUGUUAUAAACUGUUUAUGCUGGAAAAAUGACCUAUUGAAGGAGGCGGGGGAUCCUACUAGAUCCAGGGGGAAACCCAGUGAUGGGGCUCUGGGAGGCCUCAGCCCAGUCGCUGAGCUGGAGAAGCUGAGACAGGCUCAGCUGAGCCGUUGCCACCUGGAGAUUGGAGAGCUGCUCCGAGUCAGGGGACCGGUGAAGACUUCGAGGCAACAGAGAGAAAUCACGGCUUCGGUCUACUAUAAAGUGAACGACCCGGUGAUGGCCGUCCAGAUAGCGUGGAUGAUGGAGGUUCCUCAGCUUUACAGACAGUGCUAUGACAAACCAUUCAAGCUGCAACCAAAUGCAACUGGUAGCGUAGCCAUCAAUCCCCUCAGCAAGGCUACAAAUAUCAUCAAGGAUUUUGUCAAGCAGAAGUCUGUGAGCAGGUUCAGACCCUAUGAUGUACAGGAUCUCCUGCAGCCUCUGAUCUCCAGCCAGCCUCAAACAGCAUCAGCAGACCAGCAGUCUGUGGCGGGUCCGUCUUCAUGUCAGCAGCUACGCCAUCUUCUGAAGGAGGCCCUUCAGCUUUUACAGGAUGAGGGUAUCGUGUACCGCAGAGUCAAAUCCCAGGAUGAAGUCUACCAUGUGACUGCAGAAGACAAAGAUCUACUCAUGGCAGUCAAAGACAUUAUAAGGGAAGACUCGAGGAGGGAGAAAUAUUCAGAGAAGGGCUGUCACAUCCUGCACAUUCUGUCUGCCGUCAGGCAGCACCACAGCCUCAAUGUGAGCAAAGCAGCACUGGAGCUGGUGCUCAAAUCACUGGAGUGCAACAGUGACAUCGUCAGCACCAGUGACAACCAUUACACUGUGUUUUGACCUGAGGACAGUCGGGCUUGGGACCUGUAGUACUGCAUAAUGAUGUGUGUAGUAUGACUUAGUGCUCCAAAAUGUGAGCGUGAAAUAUGUUUUAGUCAAUCAUGGCAUUGUAGUCUUCUUUUCAUCAAGUUUAGCACUUUACAACACGAGUUUAAGUACAAAUUAGGUUUUUUUAAAGUUUACUGAAGAUUGUUAGCAUGGGUAAAAUAUAAAAACUUAUUUGGAAGAAAAAAAUCGUACAAAUUGAAUAUCAUGAAAGCUUUUAGCAUCCUAUAUGUGGUCAUUAUUUACAAGGAUUAAGUAACUGACGGCAAAGAUUGGGUGUGUGCGUGGCUCGAUUCACUUGCAAGGGGGUCCUCAGGAAAAAGUAAACCUUCAGGUUUAGUCUGGUCCGUCUCUCCAGAUGUUCUUUUACUAUCUGCUUUCCUUUUGUUUGUUUUCUUUGAGAAGAUUGGGACACAUCACUAUGCCUGUCAGUACUGAGGCAAUGGUCAAAAAGAGAAAAUACAAGUUCUUUAUAUAGAUAGUGGACUGGCCCCCUGCUGGGCAUUAUAAAGAAUGGAGGUGUGAGGCACAAACGCAAUUGCCUUGCCUUUCAAAACCAAGAGGCUACAUCUGGUUCUUAAGACAGUCAAUCCUACAUUUCCCAAAAUGCAA